AGGUUAGCGUCUAGUGCGGAGGGAAAAACAAGUGAUCAUCACACAGCGCUGGACUGGUCAGCUCCUCAGCUGGGCAAACUUCGGCCUGUCCUUCCCAUUACCUGCACUCAAAACAUCUUUUACUGCGCACGAUCUAGUCGAGUGGACCCAUCAUGGAGACCAGUGAGAUAAUCCGCACCGGCGCCAUGCUGGUGGCGUUUGCCGUGGCCGUGAGCCGAGGACGUAAGAUCUGGAUGAUGGCCGACGCGGGAGCCGUCCUGUUGUUUGGGGUGGCAUGGCUGGUCAUGCCUGGGGUUCUCCUGGGCCAGAUGACAACAGGUCCUCUGGAUGCCUUCCACAUGUCCCUGAGUCGCCUGUUUGGCGCCAUGUUGAUUGGGUCCGUGGUCACCUUCUACAAGACCCGCAACUCUGGUGACGUCACCGUGUCCAACGUCCUGCUGUACUCCCGCGUUAUGGGCAUCUCCAUGCAGCUGAUGGCUGUUGGCUAUGGCCAGAUGUACUACAGGGACCUGGAGAAGGGUGGCUGGACAAGUGAGCAAGUGUGGUACGGCCUCUUUGGAGGAGGGGUAUGGCUGUUAGGGAACCUGUACCACAGCGCUAGGAGUGACCAGUUUGGCUGCUACAGCCAGCGGAAUGACCGCCUGUCAUUCGUCCUGCGCCUGGACGGAUUCAUGACCCUGCUGGGGGCCCUGUUUGACUUUGCCUUCGCCGAUUUGUCCCUGUCCUUCAUGAUGGAUGUGAAGGCUGAUGGCAUCCACCUGCACAUGACCCGAUGUACCGCUGCUGUCAUGUUCAUGUCAGGCCUGGUGUCCAGCUGGGCUCCAGUCUUCCUGAAAGACGAGGACAAGAAGAGCGUACUGUUGGGGAGGAUUGUGCAAAAUGUCCUGAUAUUGAUGGCCACCUUGCCCUACAUGUGGAGUGCCUUCUCGACUACUGGGUUAUCCUUGUUAGCCUUUACUGCUGGAAACAUUGGCCUGUUGGCAUAUGGCUACCUGGCACCUACUGGGAAAAAGGCAGCCUAAGGUGGCAUGCGGUCAUCAGUUGGGAUCCUUACCCAACAUCACAAGAGGAAUCAGACAAUCACAAAGUAGAUCUACUGAAGACUUUUAUAGCAUUGGCAAAUCAAGAAGAAAUGUAAUCAGGAUCAGGGAGUUUUGCAUUGCUUUAUGAAAGUGCUUGUGCCACCAAUGAAACUAUGAUCCUGCUUACAUUCAGCAAUAAAAUUGUUGUUUGUACAACAGGUACACUCUUCUGAUGUUAGUGAACAUCAAACCUUACAGAUCUUAUUUCGAGUUCUUGAUUCCUGCCAUCAGGUAAUAAAGAUAAAUUCCAUCCAUGACUGAUAGAAGGUUCGUUUAGAAGUAAUCAUUCAGCACACCAGAUAUAUGCUUUUCCACGUUUUAUUCACGUCCUGGCCUCACAGCAGUUCCUGACAGACUCCCCUGUCCAGCUGUCCUCUCUAUCUGACCCCCUUUGGGUCCUACCAUUUCACAAACUUGUAGGGGGGUUGACUCACUCACAACAAUGACAUCACAGUGAAUAUCUGGGAUCAGGUCCGGAAUCCAUUUAACUUGAUUACCUGGCGGCAGAAAUCAAGAACUGGAAGUAUGAUUUUAAGGGGAGUAUAUUUUGUAAAAAAAACAUGUCUAUGUUCAACGAAUCAUACCUAGUAUGGUUUAAGGUAAUCUGAAACCAUUGUAUUUUAGAAUAUUUUAGAAUCAUUUGUGGCACAAGCACUUUAAUGACACAAUAGUUUUGGCUUUUCUUUGAGGCUAUUGACAAUCUUUUUCAGCAAUAAUGGUAAACAAACUGGUUUACAAUCAUUUGUAAUUUACUUCACAAUAUUCUACAAGAGGUGGGUUGUUGGGUACUACAAAUAGAAUAUGCCUGUGUCUGAACGUAGACAUACAUAAACAGUAAUGUGUAAGGGUGAACACAAUCAUGUUGAACUAGGGACCAUGUAUGAUGUAUUCAGUUGGUCAGUGGUUAUGGAGCUUCUGAAACAUACAGUUUAUUUUUUAAUAAAAUAUCUUACCCAAGACAUUCAUCAGCAACAAAAAAUUUGAAUUCUGUUAGACUGUAGUACAUUUUGCAGUGAAUUCUAAGACUUUUUAACCAACAAGGUAGAGCUCAGUGUGUAAGGCUUGUAUCAACAUGAAUUUGUAGCUGGCAGUGGUUAAUCCAUGGAUGUCAUGACUGUAUACCAUGUUUCCAUUUGAUAUCACAGCUGACAAAAGCAACUUGAGAGCAAACACUCAUUAUAUAUGGUUUGCCUUUUUUUUAAAGAGAAAGAUUUAUAAAAUGCUGACUUCUAGUAAUGACAAUCACAGUACUGUGUAGUGACUUAGCAUUUUCUAUGAACUUGCCGUAUCUCUAAGAACCAGUUGCUAUAUUGUAUGUUGCAUGGUGAUGUGUGGUGUAUGCAGUAUUCUUAGGAACAAGAAAGCCAUUUUUACAUAGUGUUAUGCAUCUUAGUGCAGUGUUUUACUGACAUAUGAGAAGAUAAUAUGGUAGUGCCGAACAGCACAAUCAGGAUUUAUAUACUAAGUAUAUAAAACCUGAUUGUGCUGUUCAGCAUUUAUCAAGUCUUGAUAAAACCACCUUAGACAGUAGGACUAGGCCCAAUAGUAGUGUCUAGCUCUACUGUUUUGUCACAGUAACAACGUAGUGUCCUUUUUUGGUCUCUGUUAUCAUCAUUAUUAUGUCUGAUUACUCGGUGAUAGUUAUGUUUUAAGGAUUGCCAGGUGUAACAAUAAAGUAGGUAGAGACUGGUAUUGUAACAUGAAAACAGUUGGAGCUUAUGUUAGGUGUGACAAAAGAUAAACUUCGCUGCCAAUAUUAUAAGGGAGAUUUUAGCUUC